UCCAAACUCAGAAAUCACGUGACAGAUUACAGUACGUAUACAGUACAGUGUAGACGUGUACCAGCUAGAGACACAACCACCAUGGACGCUAACCGCAAGCGUGUUUCUGAGAUGCAAAAUGACAUAACAGAGACCAUAGACGCAGCUUCACCUGCGGAAAUGCUUGAAAUGUUAGAAACAACGGAGAAACAAAUAUUUGAUGGAUGGAAGGGUUAUCCUCACAUAUUCUCGACACAACACAUGCAAACAGUAGUCAGUCUAGCAUCAAAGGCGGCCAACAUGUUGCACGAUAACAUCCACAACAAAGCAAACAAUGCAUUUGUAUUCGGUGGUUGUGGAACCAGUGGACGAACAGCCUGGUUGUGUUGUCGAACAUUCAACCACUUGCUGAAACAAAGAAAAAUUGAGCCAUGUUUUAAAUAUGUAGUUUCAGGUGGCGAUGAAACUUUAAUUGUAUGUCGAGAGACUGCAGAAGACGACCCUGUUGCAGGAGUACGAGACUUAACAGUGAUGACUAAGAACAACCAGUCCGUAUUGUACUUUGGGAUAACCUGUGGUUUCUCUGCACCCUAUGUUGCUGGCCAAAUUGACUACGCCAUGACACAGGAAAAGAUGACACCAGUUCUUGUGGGCUAUAAUCCUGUAUCACUAGCAAGAAAUGCUCCAAUUGAAAAGUGGCCAGAAAAAACCUGUAGACAAGUGUUUAGUCAGUUGGAAAAAGAAGAAAAGAAAAAUCGUGGCUUUGUUCUUAAUCCUAUUAUUGGACCAGAGCCAGUUACAGGAUCAACAAGAAUGAAAGGUGGGACCACCACAAAGGUGUUACUGGAAACAAUUUUUCUGGCAGCUUUAAAUCAAUCUCUCAAUGAAUCUGGCAAACACAUUGAUGAAUGUACACCUAAGAGGUGCAGAAACUCAGAAAUAAGUGAAUCAAUCAUACGCAAUAUAUUGGGAUUCUAUCAACAAGCAAUUACAGCAGGAUAUCGGUCAGCUCAUUUAUCUUUGGCUGAUUUGAUGAGCAAGGCUGGUGAUUGUCUUCGAAAACCUGACUCCCAUCUCUACUACAUCGGUGUUGAUGCAUUUGGUCUCAUCAGUCUCAUUGAUGGAGCAGAAAUGCUUGAUACAUUUGGAUCUAGUGUGGACGAUGUGAGAGGAUUCGUGGAAGGUGGUUGGACAACAUGUGACACUAUCAGUGGAGACAUUAGCAAGCUAGGUCACGUGUACAAAAUAUCAACUGAACAUUUCGAGUCAGAUAUCUUACCUGUCCUGACAGCUAAUGACAUGGUCAUCCUUGUUGGCCCUGAAGUGACGUCAACACAGCUACUACAGAGACUGACCUUAUGUCCAGCUCAGCUUGCCAAGAUCACGAUUGCUGCAAAUGGCCGUGCACCUACAAGUCAAAUACUAACAUCUAGAUAUUGCGCAGAAGCUGUCCUUACUCCUUCCAAAUGGACUGACUUCAAUACAGCUGAUUCAUUUCUUCUGGUGGAAGAAAUUGAUCAACUAGGAAAAGAGGUGAUGGUGAAGGUCGCCCUUUGUGCCGUGUCAACUGCAGCCAACAUUUUAAUUGGCAGAGUGUAUAGCAAUAUCAUGAUCAACCUCGCUGUAGCUAACGACAAGCUAUUUUAUCGAUCUGUUGAAAUCAUUUCACAACUGAGCAACUCAUCUGUAGCGGUUUCUCGGUCUUCUUUGCUACAUGCUAUCUAUGGCAGUGAGACGCUGACAAACGAAAUUGAGAUGAAGCCGGUGUCUGAACAUGUUCUUGCAGCCUUGAAAGUCAAAAUGGUUGUUCCAACAGCCAUAGUACUUGCUAGUGGAAAAGCAAGUACUGUUUGUGAAGCAAAGAGGAUGAUACAAGCAGCUAAAAGCAUUCGACUGUUAUUGGUUUUACUCUACGAAUCCCACGCAGCUGCAGCAGCCGUAGGGAACACCAUGCAGACAAGAAUAACCGAGCUUCCUAACAGACUAACGGAAAACAUUGAUGCAGCGUCACCAGAGGAAAUUCUCGAAAUGCUGCAGCAGUGUGAUGAGCAAAUGUUUGAGGGAUGGGAAUGCUAUCCCCACGUAGCUUCUGACUGUCACGUAAAAACGCUCGCUACAACAGCAUCUGUCGCUGCAGAGAUGCUAGAGAACAACAUUAAGAAUGAUUCGAAAAAUGCAUUUGUUUUCAGCGGCUGUGGUACAAGUGGCAGAAUUGCAUGGCUGUGUGCUCGAACAUUCAACCAAUGCCUUGACAAGUUUAGCAUAUGUCCUUGCUUCCACUACCUCAUCGCUGGCGGAGAUCCCAGUCUGAUUAGAGGACAAGAACUACCAGAAGACAAUCCAAUUCAAGGAGUUCAAGAUCUUCAACAGUUUGUUGAAGGCAAUGACUCUGUUAUGUAUUUUGGUAUUACGUGUGGCCUUUCUGCUCCAUAUAUAGCAGGACAGAUUGACUAUGCCAUGAAACAGGAAGCAAUAACACCUGUGCUAAUAGGUUUCAAUCCUGUGUCUCUGGCAAGGGACAUACCAAUCGAAAACUGGCAGAAAAAAACUUGCAGACAGGUAUUUCUUUGCCUUGAAAAUGAAGUCAUGCACAACCGUGGUUUCAUUCUCAACCCAAUUGUUGGACCAGAAUCAAUUGCCGGAUCCACAAGAAUGAAAGGUGGCAGCAUGACUAAGAUUCUCCUGGAAACUAUCUUCCUUACCGCACUGAAUCAAGUGAUUAUCUCAUGCCCUUGUCCCUCUGCUGGCCGAGUCAGUCUCUCUACAACAGACGACACAACAGAGCAGACACCUGAAAUGACCAAGAAUAUGUCAGAUUGUUUGAGUACGAACGGUGCUGAAAGUACGGUACUUGUUCGGAGUUUAUUGGACUUGUAUCAUCGUGCAGCUCAAGCAGCAUAUAGUUCAGAUAAAAGGAAUCUUUCCGUUGUCUUGAACUGUGCUGGUGAAAGUCUUCGUAAACCUCAGGGUCAUGUCUAUUACCUUGGCUCGGAAUCAUUUGGCUUGAUUGGACUUGUUGAUGGGUCAGAGAUGCUGGCAACAUUUGGUGCCAGUCUGGAUGAUGUGAGAGGAUUUGUUGAGGGUGGAUGGUCAACUUGCAAAAAUCAGAAUGGAGACAUCAGUAGCAAAGGUCGUGUGUUCAGAAUAUCAACGGAUCAUUUCAAGGCAGAUAUUCUGCCACACCUGACCAGUGAUGAUCUUGUAAUAUUUCUCGGCCCCGAGAUCAGUUCAUCUUGUCUAUUGGACAGGCUUUCUAUGAGUCAUGCUCAACUAGCAUGCAUUUCCAUAGCGGAAUUUGAUGGCCACAGUCAUCGCCCGAUGAUUUCCGAAUCAAGAUACUGUGUCAACCCUGUUCUUAAACCACCUCAAUGGACAGGCACAAGCAGCUUUGCAUUGGCUAAUGAUGCAGAAAUGCUGGCUACCGAGCUGAGUGUGAAGAUAGCAGUCAACGCAAUUUCUACAGGAGCAAACACUCUGACGGGGAGAGUGUACAAGAAUGCAAUGAUAAACGUGACUGUUGCCAAUAACAAGCUCUUUCAUCGAUCAAUCAACAUCAUCUCCCAGCUAAGUCAAAGACCUGUAGAAGCAUGUCGUGCUGCUCUGCUGUCAGCAAUCUACAGCACAAAUAUAGCACUCGAUAAAGUUGACAAGAAGCCAAUUUCAGAGCAUAUAUUGAUGGCAGUGAAAGUCAAAAUGGCCGUUCCUACUGCUAUACUCAUUGCUAGUGGAAAAGCGAAAACAGUCAGUGAAGCACAAAGAAUGCUCCAGUCAGUAACAAGCAUCCGCCUAUUAGUACAGCAAAUUUGACAAAACGCAUUGCAAUGACAGGCAAUUACGUAGACAUAUUCCAUUGUUGUACAGGCAAUUAAG